ACUUGUUCGAAGUGCAAUGAUUGAUCCUACACCACCACAGUGAUCAAAAUGCUGGAGGAUAGGAUACGAUGACAUCAAACUUCAGCAAACAGGGGCAAUCAUCUAAACAGACCUUGUUUGCGAUCCCUGACCCAAAAGUACGUCAUAAUUACGUCUAUUCGCAUGGUCAUCGUGCAUCAAGACGAGCAAGAGAACAAAGUGUCGGAAUCUUGAGCGAAGAGGAUGAUGGUGAUGCUACUACUGCUGCAUCUACCACUGAUGCUGAGAGUGAAACAGAUAUAGCCUCUGGAAAUGAUGAGGACGAAAUAAGAAGCACAACGUCAGCAUCAAGGCGUCGAUCUAGACGAAAAAAGGUUGCUCGAUUUGGUAACGCCCAAGCUACCCAUCGCGAAAAGCAUUUACGACACAUCUAUGACUUAUUGAUGUUGAGCAUCUCUAGAGGCGAUGGCAGAAGAGCAUAUAGAUCCCUAAGGGUACUGCUACAUGCACAUGAGUGGAGUGCAGUCGAGCUAUGGAGGCAUGCCUUGCAAGUGACAACGAUGGUAGCAGCAGAACAAGUAGGGAUGCGUACAGAAGAAGAUCGAGUGUUGAAUGAACAAAAAAUUGCUAAAGAACGAUUAAAAUUCAUGCGUCAAAUCAACAGAUCAAGAGCUUCAGCAUUGCAAGUGGAUUUGUUGCUGGAAAUGAUACCGGAAAUGCUCAUGCUGGGAUUGGAAGAACAAGCGAUGGAAGAAAUUGAUUUAUUGAUUACAACUUAUCCUUUUCGUUUAGAACCCUUGUUGCAUCUUUAUAGCGCAAUGCUUUACCUCAUUGUCAGUGAGAGAAGUUUGGAAGCUGUUGCUCAACAAGAAGGCAGAGACAUAGAAAAUGAUACAAGGAGGAUACGGUUUGGACCGGAUGUUACAUUGAUCGACAAGGAAAUGGCAUUCAUUCCAAAAGUGUUGCUCAUUUACCGAAUGCGAGGCCAUGAAGGUGCAAUAUCGCAAUUGAAACGAAUCGAACAGAAAUUCGAAAUGGUGUUGAAUGUGGGAAAAGCUCCUUCAAAACGUGGAAGAAGAGAUGUACGCAGUGCUAGUCAAAGUCGUAGUAGGAGCAGAAGCCGUAGCAGAAGUCAAAGCCAUAGCCGUAGUCAAAGUAGAAAUACAAGCUUAGGCGAUACAUCGAAUAGCGAAAGUGAGGCAGAAUCGACCAGGAGUAGAGGUAGACGAAGAAGAAGAAGGAGGCGAAGAAGUGAUUUCGAGGAAGAAGAUGAGAAUGAUGAAGAAGACAAUGCUCCUGUACUUGUUGCAGCAGCAGAGAGAGACGAUGUACGUGUAAUGAAUGACGGAUGGGCACGAGCAAUGGCAAGGGCAUAUUUGGCAAUCAUCAAAUCACCAAUCACGCUUUCGUGAAAAAGGGAAUUUAUUUGAAGUAUCAAAAGUGGUUGUAUAAACAGUGAAAAGGUAGAAAUGGUCAUAAGCAUGAAAAUUAUGGACACUGCUCCUAUUUCAUGAACUAGAGGUGUUCUUGGUCAACUGAUCUGAGGUACAUUUCUUUCUUUAGCCCGAUUCUGAAGGUGCGUGCCGAGGAGAAGAUGAUGAUGAAGAAGAAGAAGAAGAAGAAGAAGAAGAAGAAGAAGAAGAAGAAGAAGAAGAAGAAGAAGAAGAAGAAGAAGAAGAAGAAGAAGAAGAAGAAGAAG